AUGGAAUAUCUGGCAAAAAUUUCUGAAAAUUCAACCAUUAGCUCUCAAGAUCCUAUCAGCAAACAGCAGCUGCAGACAGUCAAGGACCGCUUCCAGGCUUUCCUCAAUGGAGAAACCCAGAUUGUAGCCGAUGAAGCCUUCAUGAAUGCAGUCCAGAGUUACUAUGAGGUGUUUCUGAAGAGUGACCGUGUCGCCCGCAUGGUCCAGAGUGGGGGCUGCUCUGCCAACGACUCAAGGGAGGUCUUUAAGAAGCACAUUGAGAAGAGGGUGCGCAGCCUGCCUGAGAUCGACGGCCUCAGCAAGGAGACUGUGCUGAGCUCCUGGAUGGCCAAGUUCGAUGCUAUCUACCGCGGGGAAGAGGACCCCAGGAAGCAGCAGGCCCGCAUGACGGCCAGCGCAGCCUCUGAGCUGAUUCUCAGCAAGGAGCAACUCUACGAGAUGUUCCAGAACAUCCUGGGGAUCAAGAAGUUUGAACACCAGCUCCUGUACAAUGCCUGCCAGUUGGAUAAUCCAGAUGAGCAAGCAGCCCAGAUCAGACGGGAGUUGGAUGGACGCCUCCAAAUGGCUGACCAAAUAGCCAGGGAACGCAAAUUUCCCAAAUUCGUAUCCAAAGAGAUGGAAAACAUGUACAUUGAGGAGCUGAAGUCAUCCGUCAACCUGCUCAUGGCCAACUUGGAGAGCAUGCCGGUGUCCAAAGGCGGCGAGUUCAAGCUUCAGAAGCUCAAACGCAGUCACAACGCAUCCAUCAUCGACAUGGGCGAGGAGAGUGAGAACCAGCUCUCCAAGUCAGACGUUGUGCUGUCUUUCUCCUUGGAGGUGGUGAUUAUGGAAGUACAAGGCCUCAAAUCCUUAGCUCCAAACCGCAUUGUGUACUGCACGAUGGAGGUGGAAGGAGGAGAGAAGCUGCAGACUGACCAGGCUGAAGCCUCCAAGCCUACCUGGGGCACCCAGGGCGACUUCUCCACGACCCACGCGCUGCCUGCUGUGAAGGUGAAGCUGUUCACCGAAAGCACCGGAGUCCUGGCCUUGGAGGACAAGGAGCUUGGACGGGUUAUUCUCCACCCCACCCCAAAUAGCCCCAAACAGUCAGAGUGGCACAAAAUGACGGUCUCCAAAAACUGCCCUGAUCAAGAUCUAAAAAUCAAGCUCGCUGUCCGAAUGGAUAAGCCUCAAAACAUGAAGCAUUCUGGGUAUUUAUGGGCCAUCGGUAAGAAUGUCUGGAAGAGAUGGAAGAAACGGUUUUUUGUGUUGGUGCAGGUCAGUCAGUACACGUUUGCCAUGUGCAGUUACCGGGAGAAAAAGGCGGAGCCCCAGGAACUUCUCCAACUGGAUGGCUACACUGUGGAUUACACCGAUCCCCAGCCAGGUUUGGAGGGUGGCCGAGCCUUCUUCAAUGCCGUCAAAGAAGGAGAUACAGUGAUAUUUGCGAGUGAUGAUGAGCAAGAUCGCAUCCUGUGGGUCCAAGCCAUGUACAGGGCCACUGGGCAGUCCCACAAGCCUGUGCCUCCAACCCAAGUCCAGAAACUCAACGCCAAGGGAGGAAAUGUACCUCAGCUGGAUGCCCCCAUCUCUCAAUUUUACGCAGAUAGAGCUCAAAAGCAUGGCAUGGAUGAAUUUAUCUCUUCCAACCCCUGUAACUUUGACCACGCUUCCCUCUUUGAGACGGUGCAACGCCUUACUUUGGAUCACAGACUUAAUGAUUCCUAUUCUUGCCUGGGUUGGUUCAGUCCUGGCCAGGUGUUCGUAUUAGAUGAGUACUGCGCCCGGAAUGGAGUCCGAGGGUGUCACCGACAUCUCUGCUACCUCAGAGACUUGCUUGAGCGAGCAGAAAAUGGCGCCAUGAUCGACCCCACCCUCCUUCACUAUAGCUUUGCCUUCUGUGCAUCGCAUGUCCAUGGGAACAGGCCCGAUGGAAUUGGAACUGUUACCGUUGAAGAAAAAGAACGUUUUGAAGAAAUCAAAGAGAGACUCCGGGUUCUGUUGGAGAAUCAGAUUACGCAUUUUAGAUAUUGCUUUCCGUUUGGUCGACCUGAAGGUGCUUUAAAAGCUACUCUCUCACUCUUGGAAAGGGUUUUGAUGAAAGAUAUUGUUACCCCAGUUCCACAGGAAGAGGUAAAAACAGUCAUCCGAAAAUGUCUAGAGCAAGCUGCUUUAGUCAACUAUUCUCGACUCUCAGAGUAUGCCAAAAUCGAAGGGAAAAAGAGAGAAAUGUAUGAGCAUCCUGUCUUCUGCUUGGCCUCCCAAGUGAUGGAUUUAACCAUUCAAAAUGUAGGCCGAUUAAUCACUCCUGCCAAAAAGCUUGAAGACACUAUACGUCUGGCCGAACUAGUCAUUGAAGUUCUUCAGCAGAAUGAGGAGCACCAUGCAGAGGCCUUUGCGUGGUGGUCAGACCUAAUGGUGGAGCAUGCCGAGACGUUCCUGUCGCUCUUUGCUGUGGACAUGGAUGCAGCAUUAGAGGUGCAGCCCCCGGACACAUGGGACAGUUUUCCUCUGUUCCAGCUGCUGAACGACUUUCUCCGUACUGACUAUAAUUUGUGCAAUGGAAAAUUUCACAAACACCUGCAAGACCUGUUUGCCCCACUUGUUGUUAGAUAUGUGGAUUUGAUGGAGUCCUCAAUUGCACAAUCCAUUCACAGGGGCUUUGAGCGGGAGUCAUGGGAACCAGUCAAUAAUGGAUCAGGCACCUCGGAAGAUCUGUUCUGGAAACUCGAUGCCCUGCAAACCUUCAUUAGGGACUUGCACUGGCCCGAGGAAGAGUUUGGAAAACACCUAGAACAACGACUAAAGCUGAUGGCAAGUGAUAUGAUUGAGUCAUGUGUCAAAAGAACCAGGAUUGCAUUUGAAGUUAAGCUGCAAAAAACCAGUCGAUCAACAGAUUUUCGAGUCCCACAGUCAAUAUGCACCAUGUUUAAUGUUAUGGUUGAUGCCAAAGCUCAAUCAACAAAACUUUGCAGUAUGGAAAUGGGCCAAGAGCAUCAAUACCACUCAAAAAUAGAUGAACUAAUUGAAGAAACUGUUAAAGAAAUGAUAACACUCUUGGUUGCAAAGUUUGUUACUAUCUUGGAAGGAGUACUGGCAAAAUUAUCCAGAUAUGACGAAGGGACCUUGUUUUCUUCUUUUCUGUCAUUUACUGUGAAGGCAGCUUCCAAAUACGUGGACGUACCUAAACCCGGGAUGGACGUGGCCGAUGCCUACGUGACUUUUGUCCGCCACUCUCAGGAUGUCCUGCGUGAUAAGGUCAAUGAGGAGAUGUAUAUAGAAAGGUUAUUUGAUCAAUGGUACAACAGUUCCAUGAAUGUGAUCUGUACCUGGUUGACGGACCGGAUGGACUUACAGCUUCACAUUUAUCAAUUGAAAACUCUAAUUAGGAUGGUAAAGAAAACCUAUAGAGAUUUCCGAUUGCAAGGGGUCCUGGACUCGACCUUAAACAGCAAGACCUACGAAACCAUCCGGAACCGUCUGACCGUGGAGGAAGCCACAGCCUCGGUGAGUGAAGGUGGAGGCCUGCAGGGAAUCAGCAUGAAGGACAGCGACGAGGAGGAUGAAGAAGAUGAUUAGAGCCUUGGAUCCUAGAGCCCGUUGGGAUGGAGUCCUGUAACCAAUGCAUGUUCUUAGUCUGUUAGUUAACCCCAUUAGGGAAUUUUUCUGUCUACUCCCUAGCCCUGAGAUGUCUACCAAUACAAUUGCCAUUUUAGCUCUGUGGUACCAAGACUAGCAAACGACCUUCGAAUCCACUGAUUUCCUGAUUCCAUGUCUAUAUGUUUACAAGCAAUAUGAAGCACCAUUCUUUAAAUAUUGUUCAUGGAGAAAACAUAGUCCAAACGCUAGGCGUGUCCCUGUUAUAAGCGAAGUUAAAUGAUGCUUCAUUAACGUACUAUGUAUACAUAGACAGUAAAUGGAUUUGAGGGCCAGUAUACCAAGUAUUUUCAUUUCCUUGUUUCAUGUAUAUGGAUGCCAGUUAUUUAAAUGAGUACCUAAAUAAAAUAACUAAGACA